CACAAACAUGUCUUGAGAAAUGAUCAUCUUUAAUACUCUGCUGCUCAGUCUGUUAGUGUGUGCACCACAAUGUCAGCAGCCAUGGACUCAAUCAGUUGUUCAAUAUGUCUGGAUCUACUGAAGGAUCCGGUGACUAUUCCCUGUGGACACAGCUACUGUAUGGGCUGUAUUAAAGAUUGCUGGAAUCAGGAUGAUCUGAAGGGUGUCUAUAGCUGCCCUCAGUGCAGACAGACCUUCACCCCAAGGCCUGUUCUGAAGAAAAGCACCAUGCUAGCAGAAUUGGUGGAGACUCUGAAGAAGACAGGACUCCAAGCUGGUACCCCUGCUCACCAUUAUGCUGGACCUGGAGAUGUUGCGUGUGAUGUCUGCACUGGGAGAAAACUCAAAGCGGUCAAGUCCUGUCUGGUGUGUCUGGCCUCUUACUGUGAGACUCACCUCCAGCCUCACUAUGAAUCUCCUACCUUUAAGAAGCACAAGCUGGUCAAAGCCUCCACACAACUAGAGGAGAAGAUCUGCUCUCAUCAUGACAAACUGGUGGAGAUUUACUGCCAUACUGAUCAGCAGUUUAUCUGUUAUCUGUGUACAAUGGAUAAACAUAAAGGCCAUGAUACAGUCUCAGCUGAAUCAGAAAGGACUGAGAGACAGAGUCAACUGGGAGAGAAACAGAAGGAAACCAAACAGAGAAUCCAGAAGAGACAGAAAGAGAUACAGGAUGUGAGACAGGCUGUGAAGUCACUCAGGCGCUCUGCACAAGCAGCAGUGGGGGACAGUGAGAGGAUCUUUACCGAGCUGAUCCACUCCAUUGAGAGAAAGUGCUCUGAGGUGAAAGAGCUGAUCAGAGCCCAGGAGAAGGUUGAAGUGAGUCGAGCAAAAGGACUGCUGAAGCAACUGGACCAGGAGAUGGCUGAGCUGAGGAGGAGAGAGGGCGAGUUGGAGCAGCUCGCACACACAGAAGACAACAUUCAAUUCCUCCAGAGUUUCCAGUCUCUCUGUGUCCCUCCUCAAUCUGAACACUUACUCAGCAUCACUGUCAACCAACACGUCUUCUUUGAGGAUGUAAGGAAAUCAGUCACUGAGCUAAAAAGACAAUUAGGAAAAAUCUGCUCUGGGGAAAUUGCCAAGAUCUCUGUAAAAGUGACAAAAGUCCACAUUGUUCCACCUUCUGAGCCCCGUUGUCUUCCGUCAUUUGGCACAACUCAAUCUGGACUGUCAGUUGGUGGAUUAGCAUCACAUGGGAAUGACACCACCUGUCAGAAGACGAGGCCUGAACCCAAGACCAGAGAGGAGUUCUUAGAAUAUUACUGUCAGCUCACAUUGGAUCCCAACACGGCAUUUAACUGUCUGUGUCUGUCUGAGGGGAACAGAAAGGUGACACGGCGUUAUAAGGACCAGCUUUAUCCUGCCCAUUCAGACAGAUUUACCACCUACCCCCAGGUGUUGUGUGGAGAGGGUCUGUCUGGAGCCUGCUACUGGGAGGUGGAGUGGAGCGGGGACUGGGUUGAUAUAGCUGUCUCAUAUAAAGGGAUAAGCAGGAGUGGACCUGACGAGGGUUUGUUUAGAAGCAGUAAACAGGCCUGGUGUUUGGAGUGUGAUGCUUCUGGUUGCUCUUUCUAUCACAAUGAUAAACCGAUUGUCAUACCUGUCUCCUGUUCCACCAGAGUAGGAGUGUACCUGGACCACAGUGCAGGAACUCUGUCUUUCUACAGCGUCUCUGACACAAUGACCCUCCUCUGCAGAGUCCAAACCACUUUCACUCAGCCCCUCUAUCCUGGGUUCACUGUCUCUAGAACUGUGAAUAUACUGAAACCAAACAAGAUUAUUAUAGCAAACUAAAACUGAAACUAAAACAAAAACUAAUCUUGAAAAAACUAUUCAGUAAACUGAAAUAAAAUAACGAACUAAAUUGUAAAAAUACAUAAAUAAAUAAAUAAACAAACAUAACCUAACUAGGCAAGUCAGUUAAGAACAAAUUCUUAUUUACAUUGACGGCCUACUUGGGAACAGUGGGUUAACUGCCUUGUUCAUGGGCAGAACGACCGAUUUUUACCUUGUCAGUUUGGGGAUUCGAGCUGACAAACCCGUUUUAAAAACUAAACUAUACUGAAACUAUUAUCUUUGACUCGGCAAAUAUCUAAUAGGGUUUUCAAUGGGGUUUUCAAGCUUUAAAGGUGUUUUCAAGCUACUAAAUCAGGAGAAGCCGAUGUUUAAAAUAGACAUAGCUUGUGCAUCACUAUCACUAGGGACAGACUUUGAUUUGGAGGCUACAGGCACAUUCCAGUCUGAGCCCACCCUCCCCCUUGAACGAAGCAGAUUAAAAAGGCUAAUUGAAAACCUUUGAAAUACCCUUCAUUAGUAAAGGUCUUUGCAUCACCACCUAAAGGGGUGGGCAAUCAUUUUGGCUCGAGGGGCACAUCUGGAUUCUAAAAUUCAACAGACUUUUUUGGGACCAGUUUGUGUGUCAAAAGCAAUUUGCGGCCCAGAAACAGGGCAGUUGUUUGAAAAUAAGUAUCAUUAUAGUUUCUACAUACAGUGGUUCCUCCCUUAAAAGUUACGGUCAUACUGAAGCACGCCUUGUGUGCUGCCGCAGCAUUCUGUGGCACGUCAUUUAAUUCUCAGCCAUUUCUUCUGUUACUGCUA